AUGGCUCCUGGUAGCGCUCGCGACUUCAACUGCACCUGGGAGCAGUGUGGCAAGUCGUUCAAUCGCAAAUCCGAUCUGUGCCGCCAUUAUCGCAUCCAUACAAAUGAACGACCUUAUCAUUGCACCGUCAAGGACUGCAACAAGAGUUUCAUCCAGCGCAGUGCUCUCACGGUACAUUCGCGGACUCAUACGGGCGAAAAGCCUCAUGUCUGUGACCAUGACGGUUGUCAGAAGGCCUUCUCAGAUGCGAGUUUUCCCAAUCUUGUCCCUAUACUAGAACUCCCCCCUCCCAAGAAAAUACUCACGGAUCCCGGAAAUAGUUUCUGUCGCAAAACCACUCUCACGAAACAUCAGCAUCGCUCCCACCCACCAGGCUCAAUGACCCGACGCUCCUCGGAGGACGCGACUUCGGAGCACUCGUAUCACCAGCACCAAGCCCCCGUGGCCGUAUCGGUCCCCGGGCCAAAUGACCACUACCUUAUGCAACAAUCCUACUACCAGAACUCGGCGACACCAACCCACGAGUUCUAUUCCCCGCAAAGUGUUCAAAUGGGUACGGUGCCCGUGCAUGAUGGCGCGGCCCCGAUCGUGCCCCCAAACGUCCCCGUUACGUCCUCAAUGAACCUCCCGCACGCUCCACACGCGCACACGUCGCCGCACCAGCACCCACAGCAACAACAAUAUGUGCAAAUGAUGCAACAGCAGCAACAACAACAACAGCACCAACACCAGCAGCAACGCUAUGAAGCGCCCCGCACCAACUACCUACCCCCAGAAUACCAGCAACCACCACCACCGCCGCCUUACCAGGGCCACCAGAUGCCUGAGAGCAUGAUGGUUUCAUACCAUCCUAAUUUUCAGUACAAAUCCCAAACCCGGCUCUUGAAUCAACCGGAGGGAACUGACUGGACUUAUUUGGGGGUAGGAUAA